AUUGGACUUGUCGAUGCCGAAUACAACUUUGUACAACUCGGCCAGUGAUGGUCCUUUUGUUCUCAAAUAAACUGAUAUUAAACCCGACGUUCAUCUUAUGAUAACAUUUUACGGUGGUAUUCAAGGCUGCCAUUGAGUUGAGGUGAGCAAAUUGAAAUGGAUGUCAAGGUGCAGUACAUAUCUCCUCAUCAAGUGAGGCCUAGCACCAGGAGAAAAUCAUCCAAUUCUGAUGCACCUUCUCCUGAAGCUGAUAUAAUCAAUGACAAGAAUUCCACCUCAGAUGAUGGAGUUGAGCAACAUAGUACUUUAAAACCAGAAUUGGAGAGAGAUGGAUUUUACUGUGGUGAUGCCAUCAUGUUUUACCCUGAUACUCAUGAUAUGAAUGGUGCCUUCCAGAACCCCACUACUCAGGGAAGGAUAACAGUGACCAUGGCAAGUCUUUCUGCCACUGCCAAUGUGAAACCUCACAAGUGCAUGCAGUGUGGGGCGGCCUUCAAGCAGCGAAGUCACUUGAAGGCCCAUAUCAGGACACACACAGGAGAGAAGCCAUUUGGCUGUGAGGUGUGCGGCAAGACAUUCGCUCGUCUCGACUCGGCCGUACGUCAUAUGAAGGUCCACGCAGCAGAUAAAGAGAAGAAGCAGCAAGUGAAAAAGCAGCAGCAACAUCAGCAACAGCAGCAGCGACAGCUUCAGCAACAGCAGUAUCAGCAUCAGCUUGAAAGUGCGCAGCAGACAGUGCAACGACUCACCCCGUUAAUUCCGCCUGUGAAACAACCUUCGAGACGAAGAAGCUCAGGGUCACAAAGCCAUAAGAAACAAGCAUCGAAGAGUAGAGGAUCUAAGGAUAAGAAGCACAAAUGUUUUGAUUGCGGUAUAUCCUUCAGGCAGCACUGUCAUCUGAAGGUUCAUCAACGCAUUCAUACUGGAGAGAAGCCUUUCAUCUGCGACAUAUGCGGAAAGACCUUCGGAAGGAAGUACUCUGCAGACAGGCACAGGAAGACCCAUGCUGAUGACAAACUUGGCUUGAUCCAUCAGACCUUCAUCCCGCCGCCCCCUUCGACCUCCAACACCAACUCAAUAGCAAACCUUCUCCCAAAGCUGGAGAGGGUUCAGGGUUUUGAUAAGCCCUUCCGAUGCGACCAGUGCACUGCUGCAUUUUCCCAGCGCUCACACCUGAGAAACCACCUGCGGACGCAUUCCGGCGAGAAACCCUACGGCUGCGAUGCUUGUGGAAAGACGUUUAGUCGGAAGUACUCAGCCAUGCGGCACAUGCGCACCCAUACAGGGGAAAAACGGUUCAAGUGCGAGUUUUGCGGCAACUGCUACAGUCAACGUUUCCACUUGCGGGACCAUCUCAGAACCCACACGGGUGAGAAACCAUUUAACUGUCCGGUGUGCGACAAGGCUUUCAGUCGCAAGGACCUUGCUGUGCGCCAUCUCCGAACGCACAGCGGCUCAGCUAAAAUGUUUGAUUACACGGACGACACAGUAUAAUGUUUAAAUAGACCUUAACUGCUUCACAAGGUGAAAAGGAUGUAAAACUAUUUUAUGUUUGCACAUGUAUGCCCUGCAAUUUUGCACAGGAAGAGCAUUGUACAGCCUUUCAUCUACAUGUAUAUAUAAAAUGUGAUUAUGAAGAGACAUGGACUUCCACAAAAUAGUUACUCAUGAAUCAUUUGUUAUAUGCUGAUGCCAAAGUUAUGUUCCAAAGCCUGGUGAUAAGUCAUACACCUCUUCAUCAGCAUCAUUGUAAAAUCUUGUAUACUGAGUGUCUCACUCAUCAGGGGCCCGUCUUACAAAGUAUAUGGAUAUCCAUCAAUAUUCAAUGUCAUACCUAGUCAUAAUAUUUUCUUUAGGAAAUUUGCACAAUGUCCUUUGAAAACAAAGAGAAGCAAACUGAAUUGUCAAGAAAACAGUGCAUGUGUGAAUAUACAUCAUAUCUAGAAAAUGUUUUGUACAAACAUUUAUUUUGGAUGUCGACGUUGCUGGCUUUCCAUAGUUGUGGUUGAUUGGAUCAAUCGUAACUCUUUGAAAGACGCACCCUGUAGUUCUUGACAGUUAAGAGAAAAAAAGUGUAAGAAGCAAAAUCAUGAUAUUGUAGUGUUUGUCAUAGGGUGUUUCAAAGGAACCGCAUUCGGGUGGAAAUAAGGUGAUAAUUUUUUAUUUUGUGCUGCCCUGUUUGUUUUGGUUAAAAUUAACUCAUGCACCAUAGAAUUUAGAUGUCUAUGAAUUUCGACUUGAUCCACUGUGCUUAAUUUAUCAACAGUGUUUAACCCUUUGCAAUUUUGCACAUUUUAUAAUUAAAUUCAACAAUAAUUGGUUUUCGCCCUUACCUUCAUAUUAGAGAAGCUAAUGACAAUAGUUUGUGGAUUUUUAUGGGGAGCGAAUAAGUAUUUGCUGACCAUGGACUAUGUGAAAAGCAUUGGAAAAAUGUGAAAUGGAGACAUAGAAGGGGGAAAGCAAACUCAGAAAAAAAAUCCUUUGACCAAGCCUGCUUAGAUUCAGGCAACUGUCAUAAGGCAACUUGUAGUGCUAUUACACUUAAUAUCUGCCUGUUAUCAAUCUUGUUGUACUUUUGAUGAUUUAUAUCCAAAAAGUGUCAAAUUUAUCAUUAAAAUGCACAUUAAGAUACAUUUUCUGCUUCAAAGCUUCACAAAUUGGCACUCAAAUGAUAUUCUUAAUGGUCAGAAUGAGGAGUUGCAAAAUGUAUGUUGUAUUUUUUUAAUUUUUUUAUCAAACAGAAUUUCUUAGUGGUGCAUUAUUCAAUAUUGAAUUUUGAAUUAAUAAGCAUGACUCUAGGAAACAUAAGGCCUGGUAGUGCUACUUAGGAAUACCUUUUUUUUUCGCGUGUAGCUAGAAAUGUUGGUUACUGAUGACGCAAACAUUCUAAAAAAUUUUCUGAGGUAGGUGACUUGCAUUAAUGCAGUCAAUAGACUUUCAUAUGUAGCAAUAUUUGCUAAUAUUUAACUAUUGUACAAUCUACAUUCAUAUUCCAGAUAUAUGUACGCUUUAGAUACCAGCGAGACUAGUAAUGAAUAACCUGGAUAUUUGUUUUAAAUUAAGCACUGGACAAAUAAUGACUAUGAAUGUACACACAUUAUUCAUUCAUGUUAUAGAACUUCUAAAACUUUGUAAAUGUAUUUGAAGCUAAGACUUCCCAUUUGAUGGUCUGUCAAAAUAUUUUUGUUUUCCCUACAGUACAUGUAUCUCAUUUUUUUUCAGUAAUAUUUUGAGGAGGAUCAUAAUGUGUUGGAUCCACUUGAAAUUCACUACCCAAGGUCAAUUUUCAAAACAAAACAAAGUAAUAGAUCAUACAAAAUAACUGGCUUUGUAUACCCCAAAGUCUUUCUGUAUGCUUCAGUGAAGAAGAAACAAGAAUGCUGACUUAAUUUAGUAUGCAGUCCAUAGUUCAUUGAAUUUGUCUGAAUUAUUAAUUUCUUUAUACUGUAUGUACAGUGGUGCUCAAUAUUAGUGAACCCCACCAGAAAAUGAUUUUAGAUAUUUGAAUAUGAAAUCUGGUGAUAAAAUAUUACAUUCAGUAAAGUUUUGUUUCUCUGGGCUCGCCGAACAUUGUACACACUGUUGUUGUUUACAUUUUAUAACAUUCAGCAUGACGGAGUGCAUAUUUUGAUGGGGUUCACUAACUUUUGAGCACAACUAUUCAUGACUUGGUUUAUUAUACAUUUAGUGUUUUGAAGAACAUAAUUUUCAUUUAUCACUCAAUAUUGCUUCAUGCAAAAAUCAUGUAGUAGUAGGCUGCUUGGCCAAAAUUUAUACAUGUAUUGUCAUUCAAUAUCCAAGAUUAAAGAUUUCAUUCAAUUUUUAGCUCAUCCACCCCGAAGGGCCUUAUGCAGACCUGCCAACCAGUACGUUUUUGGCGUAUUUAGUACGUUUUUGCAACCAAAAUAUGGCAGUACGUUUUUUCUUUAAAAAAUAUGUUUUUGUAAAAAAAAAUUUACAAAAUCGUAAUUUAUUGAAAAAAAUUAUCUCUAUAUGUCUCUAUUUCAUAAAACUUAGACAAAUAUGGUUAUUAGAUCAAUGUAAUUUCAGGUAACUUUUUUUUCAAUCAUUUUGUUAAAACCAGGGUGAGAUAUACACAUGUUUCAAUGUUGUUUUUUCAUCUGCAAGAGCAGUGCGCAUUUUAUCUUGCAUGCAGCUUGAGCGCCGCGAUGAGCGAUUGCACCACGCAUUUUAUUAUGAAAUACACUUUUGUGGGGAAAAAUACAGUUUUUUUAUCACAGAAUACAAUUUUUCAUUCCCAGAGGUUGGCAGGUCUGCUUGUGGUGUGGGGUCCGUCGUCCGUCCACAAUUUCAAAAUGCUUCUUCUUCAUCAUUUCAAGUCCGAUUUCAAUUCGGUUUGCUUUAUAUGAUAGCACUUGGUGGGGGAUUCAAAACUUCUACAUAGAAAUUUGAAACUCAUUAAAUAUGCUAAUUUAUGCGCAUUUUCAAAAUUCACAAAAAAUGCUUCUCCUUUAUUUAUUGACCGAUUUUGAAUUUGUUGCUUCCAUCUGGUAGAGCUUAUGAGGUUCACCAAAUUUAUACACAGAAUUUUGAAAUUUUAACUACAAAAUAAUUUAUGCUAAUUUAUGUGAAAUUUAUUCAUAAAUCACAGAAAAUGCCUCUUCUUUAUUUGUUGACCGAUUUUGAUUUUUUUUUCUUCCAUCUGGUAGAGCUGCAUGAGGUUCGCCAAACUUGUAUACAAAAUUUUUAAAUUUUGACUAAAAAAUUAUUUAUGCUAAUUUAUGCUAAAUUUAUUUGUAAUUAAAAAGGCUUCUUUAUUUGUUGACCAAUUUUGAUUUUUUUUCCAUCCAUCUGGUAGAGCUACAUGAGGGUCACCAAGCUUCCACACAGAAUUUUGAAAUUUUGACUAGAAAUUUAUUUAUGCUAAUUUAUGCAAAAUUUAUUCAUAAAUCACAAAAAUGCAUUUUCUCCUUCAUUUGUUGAUCAAUUUCAAUUUUUUUUGCUUUAUAUGAUAGCUCUAGGUGGGGAUACUAAACUUCUACACAGAAUUUUAAAACUCAUUAAAUAUGCUAAUUUAUGCAUAUUUUUCCCCGAAUAAUGUUUAUUUAUUUAUUGACCAAUUUUGAUUUUUGGGUCCAUCUGAGAGCUACAUGAGGUUCACCAAGGUUCUACACAGAAUUUAUAAAUUUUGACUAGAAAAUUAUUUUAAUGCUAAUUUACACAACAUUUAUUCAUAAAUCACAAAAAUUGCUUCUUUGUCAUUCAUCAAUUUCAAUUCUGCUUCCUCAAUUUAUGUCACCAAUAUAAUUCACUACAGUGUCAACUGGUGUGAAAUUAUGUUUAAGUUUGUUGCAAGAUGCCAGAUGAUCAUUACAUCAUUGAUGUGCUAGUGCUAGUUUAAAUGUACAAUGUAGGGACUAAAAUUGGGACAAAAAUGUUUUGUAAUUUAGGGAUGCACAAUUAAUGCUGAUAUUUAGAAGGAGAAACAAUUUUGUAUAUACUGAAUAGAGUCUUGUAUUUUAUUUUUACUGCAAUGUGAUAUUAAUAGCUUCAUAUUAGAUGCACAAUUUUACAUUUACGUGUUACUGAAAUGCUGAAAUUUUGGACAAAACAUUAAAAUUCAUGGACAUUUUAAAAACAUUUUUGGAUUGUGAUAUAUUUUACACAUUUUUUGUGAAACUUUGCGCUAAAGUUUGAGACUGGUAUCAUGGAAAAAAUCAAGAUCAAAUGGUUAAUUAUAAAAGGACACCCUAAAGUUUUCCUGCAUUUACUGGUAUACUUAGAUGAAUUUUGUCUGCAAUAGGAAACAUAGAUAAUGGAGUGGAAAUGGUUUAUCUGUAGCGAUUGUAGAUCUGUAUCAAUGCCAUAGUCUUAGCAUUUGCCCAAGUAAUUUUGAGUUAUAAUUACAGUGCAUGUUGAUGAGAUUGAUUAUGCGAAUGAAAUUCUCUGAAUAUCUGUUACUCUGCAGUUAAUCAUGGUAAAGAGAUUUGACUUUGUGGAUGGGUUUCUAGACUGAACAAGAAGAUAAAAAUGAUAAUCCAUGAAUGAAGGUCCUUUUCAAGAUGAUUGCCUACAGCAUGCCACAGUCAUGCUCUAUUUUAUCUUAUAAACCAGGAGUUGGUUUUGUGAAAGACUCACUAAAUAUGUGGACAUCACACUCAUGUAUGCAAAUUCUGUAACACAGUUCUGUCAUGACCUAUAAUGGUUUUGAACUUAUUAACGUUUUUUAACAAUUUCAUAAUGGAAAGUAAAUAGAAAAUCAUAUUCAGGAACUGCAAGUGUACCUAGUUGACAACAUACUGUAUGAAAUGGGAGCCUGUUACACAAAGGUUUAUAAUCAAUUUCUAAAUUGCAGUGGCCAAUCAAAAGUUAUUAUUGCAUACUGUGCAUAUUGUAAAACAUACAAGCUUUCACCCAAUCAGAAUCAGUGUUUGAAAUUUGCUGUUAACUGCAAAUCUGUGUGUAGUGUGGCCCAUGUGAGUAUUGAAUGUAAUAGUUCACUGCAUAUGUAGGUUAUGUUUUGUCUUUAGCCAGUGUGAUUAAAGGACAAGUCCACCCCAACAGAAAGUUGAUUUGAAUAAAAAGAGAAAAAUCCAGCAAGCAUAACACUGAAAAUUUCAUCAAAAUCAGAUGUGGAAUAAGAAACUUAUGACAUUUCAAAGUUUCGCUUAAUUUCACAGAACAGUUAUAUGCACACAUUGGCUGGUAUGCAAAUGAGGAGACUGGUGAUGUCAUCCACUCACUAUUUCCUUUGUAUUUUAUUAUAUGAAAUAUGAAAUAUUUGAAUUUUCUCCUCAUUGUCAAGUGAAACAACAAUGAUUCCUCCCUGAACAUGUGGAAUUAGCAUUGUUUAAUACUAUAUGGUUCAGUCAAGUUGGUCCUUAUUGUUAUAUCUAUAAAAAAUGAAAUAAUGUAUAAUUCAAACAAUAAAAAACAAAAGAAAUAGUGAGUGGUGGACAUCAUUUACUGACUCAUUUGCAAGUCACUGCGUUGUACAUAUCACUGUUUUGUGAAAAAUAAGCGAAACUUUAAAAAUGUCAUAACUUUCUUAUUUUACAUCCGAUUUUGAUGAAAUUUUCAGCAAUAUGCUGGUUUGAUUUUUCUCUAUUUAUUCAAAUCAACAUUUUCCUGGGGUGGAUCUUUAAGCAGCUCAGGAUUUGUGGUCGAUAUAUCGGUCAUAAACAAAAUUCUUCUUCUUAAAAUUUAAACAAUCUAGUUUAGAUCUUGGUCAUGUAAUAUCAUGAUCAUCUAAGUAGACUACAGGUAUCAGUUUUUGAAAAGUUUUAGAAAAACAUUUGGCAUCUUUCCGACUUUGAAAUGGUGGAGGCAACGAUUGUGUCUGUGUGCAGUUAUGGACCUUUCUAGUCAUAUGUAUUAUUCUGACUUGCUUUCAAACUGUAUUAUAUCAAGAUGAGUGUAUUACAGGUAUUAAAUGAUGACAAAAUGAAUUUUUUUUCUCUCAAUAUUUUACAAGUUAACAGAGUUGUCCAUGUACUCAGAGUUAAAUCUAAUAACAGGAUUCACUCUGUUAUGUUUUGUUUGAGCUACAUGUAUAUUGUAAUGUUUCAAUAUUUUAAAGAUUUUAACGCUUUAGAUUUCGGUGAUUUUAAGUUUGCUUUUAGAUUCUUUGAAAUCAGUUCCUGAUUUGUAUGUGUCAACCUUGUCCAUGGAGUCUGUUACUAAUUUUGAAAUUUCUUGUACAUUUCAGAUUGACAGCUUACAUGCCACAUGUAGUGAUGUACAUAAUAGCUCUGUUAAAAAAAAUCACAUAAAAUGUCCAAAAUAUGCUCCAAGGAUAUGUAAUAAAUGCCAAUCUGUUGAAUU